GUCUGUUACGUCUGUGUCUUUGGUUUCCGAACGAAUUAUUGUGACAGUUGUAGUUGUGACAUUAGCAGCAGUGUCAGUGUCAACACUUACAUUGCCUUUGGUUUGGUCAUAGCUGAUAAGCUGCGUUUGUUUUUCAGUAUUAAUUAUUACCAAAAAAUAAAAGCAAAUUAACCAUAUUACUCAGGCUGUGAAACGACUAUUCGUCCAUGGAUAGUACACUAAUAAAUUCGAUACUGCAGCACGAGUUGCAAUGCUGCCGAGUUUGUUUAAUGACGGACUGUAGACUGUACAAUAUUCAUGAUUAUAAACUCGCCGAUACCUUUACUCGCAUCUCUGGGACUACUGUGUCCAGAGACGGCCUGCCGCAGUACCUGUGCGCGUACUGCCUCGUGCUGCUCCUCAAAUGCUCGUCCUUCAGAGACAUGUGUCUCCGCACUAUGGAACUACUCACACCCGCGCUGCUCAAGGGGGCGUUGGAUACAGAUUAUAUUCGCAAAUACCAAACCCCUCACCGGUCUCUCAACUUAACUCAAACUGAACUCGAAAUUAUAGAGUUAAACCCAUAUUAUGAUUUAUUUAAUAAACAAAUACUGAACGAACACAUAGUAAAUGAACAAAUUAUGCCGGUAGUCAAUGAAGUUUCUCUUGUAAUAGCACCUGAUAUCCAAGAAGACUUAAUUGAAAUCAGUAAUGAUGAUUCUGAGCAACUCGUUUUAAAAGAUGAAAUAAUCAGUAAGAUAGAUGAAGAUGAGAUAAAAACAGAGACAUCAAUUUUAAAAAACGUCUUGUUAACUAAAAAAGUCUUAAAAAGCAAAAAAAAUAUCAAGACUCCAAAAAAGACCAAAAAUAUCUUGAAAACUGAAACGAACUUAAAAAGAAAACGACAGACUAAAACUAAAGUGGAGGAAAAUUUAAAAACGGGACAGGUCAAUGAAGGUACGGAUAUUGAUAAAAAUAUAAUGAAAACUGGAAAUGAAAAUAAAGAAAUAAUGAGAAUAAUGACGAUGGAAUUGAAGGAUGAUAAAAUUGAAUUUAAUGGUACUAAUGAAGCUGAUGAUGGUGUUGGGAAUAAUGAUGAUUACAACGAAAUUGAAGAAGUACCUGUAGAAACGAAGAAAAGAAAAAGGGGAAAAAAUACGCGUUCUCUGCCUGAAUUUAAUUUAGUUAAAUUUGGGCGCACUAUUAACCAUAAAACUGUUACUUUGAGCAAGGAAGAGCAACUGGAAGAAAUCGCAAUGCGCAAGAAGUCCCAGAUAUACCUGGACUCGCCGUUCAAGUGCGAGGACUGCGGGAAUGGGUUUGGCCUGGAGUCCACCUACAACAACCACCGAGCCCGGCAUAGCUCGAGCAGCCGUCCGCACUCGUGUGACAUCUGCACUGUGCGUUUCCUCUGGCGCAGCCAACUCAAUAGUCACCAGGGCCGGCACCGAAUGAAGUUCAUUUGCAAUCAGUGCAACUUCAUCUCCAGGGAUACGAGUCAAGCGAGUAAGCACCACGCCACACACGCGGGCAAGACCUACAAGUGCCCGCACUGCGAGAAGAGCUUCAUAAAUAGCACGACGUACUUCUCCCACGUGCGCCUGAUGCACCCCGAGCUGAACGUGGACUGCGUCGACUGCGGCGAGACGUUCGUCAGCAAGUCUGGGCUCAAGCAACACAAGAACCGGAUACAUGCUUUGAAAUCGUCUCAAUUUGUAUGCAAUAUGUGCUCGGCUAAGUUCAACAGUGAAGAGGUGCUGAAGAAACAUAUUGAGUUGGCCGGCGAGCAUAGAGAGGGAGACCUGCGGCCGUGCGAGCAGUGCGGCGAGAACUGUGCCACCGAGGAGGCGCUACAGGAGCAUGUGAGGGUGGUACAUCCCACUGAGUUCCGUCACUGUGAACGGUGUGACAUAACGUUCAGUAAUGCGGCGGCAUUCGACACACACAACCUCCGCAAGCACCUCGGGCAGCGCUACCAGGCCCCGCCACGUAAAAGAAUCAGGGGGCGGAAGCAGGUCAUGUGCGACCAGUGCGGUCAUACUGUGCAGAGCCCGUCGCUUCUCGAAUAUCAUAAACGCACGCACCUCGCCGUGAAGCCGUGCGCCUGUCCUCAUUGCCCGAAAACAUUUGCGUUGCCAUCUACUCUAACGGAUCACAUCCGGUCCCACACGGGCGAGAAGCCGUACCAGUGCCCCGAGUGCCCGCACGCCUUCACACUGAAGGGCAACUUCACCCGACAUUACAAAGUUGCACAUCUGGGUAAACGCGACUCUUUCCCCUGUCCGGUGUGUGGGAACAAGUUCACCACAAGUUCGUCGAUGAAGGUGCAUCUCCGCGCCGUGCACGGCGGCGCCGGCUGGCCCAAGCGGGACUGCAGCAAACGGACCCGCCGCAAACGGAAUACUAAGACGAAUUUAGUAAAUAAAUGAUUCUCCGUUUGAAUUUUUU